GUGCCGCAACAGAACCAACAAAAUAAAAGUAAAAAUAAAAUCAAAACAUAUCCCAGCCAUGAACACUCUCGCUACGAAUCCUCCCUCUCUUUUCACUUUCCGCCCGCCUGCCCCGCCCCCCCUCCGUCAGUCAGUCAGUCAGUCCCUCCGUCCCUCCUCCCCCACCAUGCGCUCAAGUCGGAGCUCCCUCAUCAACCGACCACCCUCCCUCCCUCCUCCAUAGAGAUGAAUCUUCCAGUAUAAGUCAUGCUCUACAUUCACAUAUGUCUUUCCAUCCCACAGCUCAUGCAACAAGGGGACCUGGUAUCAAAACCGUCUUCUACCCGAGUCCCGAGUGCUGUAUGCGUGCAUGCAUUGCAUACAACGUACAUACAUCUCCCGUCCCCCCCCCCUCCGGGCUCCCUCCCUCGCUGAGAAGCCAUUCAUUCAUUCAUUCCGUAGUCGUACAAGCCCUUCGCCCCGCCCGGAAAAGCAACAACCCAUCCAUCCAUCCAUCCAUCCAUCCAAUCCAUCCAAUCCAUCCACCGGGUCGGCAAUCUCUCAUCUACUAUGUAUAGCAUUAGCAGGUAAGGUCACAGUCUCACAGACGAACUACACCAAAGGACC